AAGCAGCAAGCCGCGUACUUCCCACGCGGCGAAUUCCGAGACCCGCCCUUUCCGGAAGUUCUGACCCUCAGUGCGCCCCGGGCAAUAUGAUUGACAGGGUAAUCAUCCGGUCCGUUAUCAAACCCGUCACCCAGGAAACAGAGACCCGAUCUUUCCGGAUCCGCGCUCUCCCAGCAUCCUCUGCCUUCCGGUAUGUGGCCCCGUCCGGUUAGUCCCGCCUAGCGCGCCCAUUUCGAGCCCAAGUUUCCAGCUCGGAUUUCCUCGCUCAGAAUUUUCCAGGAGUGGAUCUUUGGCCAGUGGCUUUGGGAGCAGUAAUGGCGCAGCUAGAGGGUUACUAUUUCUCGGCUGCGUUGAGCUGUACCUUUUUAGUGUCUUGCCUCCUUUUCUCCGCCUUCAGCCGGGCGCUGCGAGAGCCCUACAUGGACGAAAUCUUCCACCUGCCUCAGGCGCAGCGCUACUGUGAGGGCCAUUUCUCCCUUUCCCAGUGGGAUCCCAUGAUUACUACAUUACCUGGCUUAUACCUGGUGUCAGUUGGAGUGGUCAAACCUGCCAGUUGGAUCUUUGGAUGGUCCGAACAUGUUGUCUGCUCCAUUGGUAUGCUCAGAUUUGUUAAUCUUCUCUUCAGUGUUGGCAACUUCUAUUUACUAUAUUUGCUUUUCCGCAAGGUACAACCCAGAAACCAGGCUGCCUCAAGUAUCCAGAGAGUCUUGUCAACAUUAACGCUAGCAGUGUUUCCAACACUUUAUUUUUUUAACUUCCUUUAUUAUACAGAAGUGGGAUCUAUGUUUUUCACUCUUUUUGCGUAUUUGAUGUGUCUUUAUGGGAAUCAUAAAACUUCAGCCUUGCUUGGAUUUUGUGGCUUCAUGUUUCGGCAAACAAAUAUCAUCUGGGCUGUCUUCUGUGCAGGAAAUGUCAUUGCACAAAAGUUAACUGAGGCUUGGAAAACUGAGCUACAAAAGAAAGAAAACAGACUUCCACCUAUUAAAGGACCAUUUGCAGAAUUCCGAAAAAUUCUUCAGUUUCUUUUGGCUUAUUCUAUGUCCUUCAAAAAUUUGAAUAUGCUUUUCCGUCUGACUUGGCCAUACAUCCUUCUGGGAUUUCUGUUUUGUGCUUUUGUAGUACUUAAUGGUGGAAUUGUUAUUGGCGAUCGGAGUAGUCAUGAAGCCUGUCUUCAUUUUCCUCAACUAUUCUACUUUUUUUCAUUUACUCUCUUUUUUUCCUUUCCUCAUCUCCUGUCUCUUAGCAAAAUUAAGACUUUUCUUUCCUUAGUUUGGAAACGUAGAAUUCUGUUUUUUGUGGUUACCUUAGUCUCUGUGCUUUUAGUUUGGAAAUUCACUUAUGCUCAUAAAUACUUGCUAGCAGACAAUAGACAUUAUACAUUCUAUGUGUGGAAACGAGUUUUUCAAAGAUAUGAAAUUGUGAAAUAUUUGUUAGUUCCAGCCUAUAUAUUUGCUGGUUGGAGUAUAGCUGACUCAUUGAAAUCAAAGUCAAUUUUUUGGAAUUUAAUGUUUUUCAUAUGUUUGUUCAUUGUGAUAGUUCCUCAGAAACUGCUGGAAUUUCGCUACUUUGUUUUACCUUAUGUCAUUUAUAGGCUUAAUGUACCUCUACCUCCCAUAUCCAGACUCGUUUGUGAACUGACUUGCUAUGCAAUUGUUAAUUUCAUAACUUUUUACAUCUUUCUGAACAAGACUUUUCAGUGGCCAAAUAGUCAGGACAUUCAAAGGUUUAUGUGGUAAUAUCAGUGAUAUUUUGAACUGUAAAAGUGGACUUAAUAAUUAGACCAUUUCUGCAAUGAACAACUGAAUAGAUAGAAAUUAUAAACUUUCUUUCUGGUACAACGGUGAUUACAUUAGAUGUUUUUAUAUGUUUUAAACAUAUAUAAGAAAUUAAGUGGCAGAGCACUGAGAGAGCUUAAGACCUGCUUGAAAAGCCUGAAUAAUGGGGAAAUGAAAUUGUUUUCAGUUAUCUCAUAUCUCUCUAAUAAUGUUGGCCCCUCAAAAAGCUUGGGAAUGUUUUGUAUGUACAAGUUUAUUAAAACUGGGUAUGCUUCAUAUUACUGGAACUAACUUAUUCUCUCCAGAGAGAAAUAUUAGGUCGGUGCAAAAAUAAUUGUGUUUUUUGCCAUUGAAAGUAAUGGCAAAACCACAAUUACUUUUGCACCAACCUAAUAACAAAGUAUUAGCAGAUAUUUAACAAAUUUUCAGGUGAUUAUCUUGAUUGAAAAGUUGCUUAACAUUUCAGUAAAUAUAAUUUGAAAUCUAAGUCAAAAUAGACAUGCAUAGAUAGUAAAUAAUAGAAACUCAUCAAAUUGUUGUUUAUUGUUUAAAAUCUAGAAAUGAUGAAGCUCUUUCACUAAUUUCUACUAUGAAAUGUAUGAUGGCCAAAGACAAAUGGUGUUGAUAAUAUGUUUAAAAGGGGUAUUUUCUUUCUGAAAGACAUAUUGUAUUAGCUUCCCAUGACUCCCAUAACAAAUGAUCACAAACUUGGUUGCUUACAACAAUUUUCCUCGCAGUCUAGAGGCCAGAAGUCAAAUCAAAGUGUAAGCAGCAUUGGUUUCUUCUGGAGGCUCUAAGGAAUAAUCCAUUUCACAUCUCUCUCUUAAUAUCUUAUGGCUGUCUGCAGUUCUUGGAGUUAAUUGGCUUGUGGACAAAUCUUGUCCAAGGAUUACAGACUGCAGUCUUCACUCCAAUCUCUGCCUCUGUGUUCACAUGGCCGUUCUCUCUGUGUUUUCUUUAUUACUUUCUAAAGGCUGUCUUUGAAUUGAUGGCCCACCUUGAUCUAGGAUGAUUGUGUGGAGAUCCUUAAUUAUGUGUAUAAAGACCCAUGUUCCAAGUAACUUUGUAUUCACAGGUUCUGAGUAGACAUGUCUUUUCAUGGGAUACUUUCAAAAGACUUUUUAGGAAAAUCCUCAUAUGAUUGUUAGGAGACUAUCUUUUUACAUUUUUAAAUUAUAUAAUAACAAAUUAUAGUUGUAUAUACUUAUGAGGUACAAGGUGGUGUUACAAUUUCUGAAUAUAAUGUGGGAUGGUUAAAUAAAGCUAAUUAACCUAUCACCUAAAAUAUUUGAUAUAUUUUGUGAUGAAAACAUUUGAAAUUUACUCUCAACAGUGUUGAAAUUUACAGUGCUUAAUUAUUAGCUAUAUUCACCAUGUUGUAUAAUAGUUCUAAAAAAAAAAUCAAACAUAUUUCUUCUAUCUAAUUGAGGCUUUGUAUCUUUUGAUUAUCAUCUCCCCAUUCCUACUUUUCUGGCCUCUAGUAACCAUCAUUCCUCUCUAUACUUCUAUGAGUUUAAUUGCUUUAGAUUACACAAAUAAGUGAGAUCACGUGGUUGCCUUUUUUGUGCUUGGCUUAUUUCACUUACCAUAAUGUCCUCCAGGUUCAUCCAUAUUGUUGCAAAUUACACAAUUUCUAGCUUUGUAAAGCUGAAUAGUAUUUAUUAUGUAUAUGUAUGUAUACAUAUCAUAUUUUCUUUAUCCAUUCAUCCAAUGAUGGACACUUACACUGACUGAAUAACUUGGUUAUUGUGAAUUGUCUGCAAUGAACAUGGAGUGCAGACUUCUCUUUGACAUACGGAUUUCAAAUAUUCUGGAUAAAUGCCCAGAAGUGGGACUGUUGGAUCAGGAGAUAAUAUCUUAGCUGAUAUCUUUUAAAUAACUCUUGGUAUCUUUACUGAGAGGUUAAAAAAUAAAUGACUUUUGAGAUAAUAUAAAGCUAAAGGUGUCUCGUGUUUGAUUCCAGUAUCAAAAAAAAAAGUAGUUAGAAUUGAAAGAAAGUUGAGAAUUCAUUUGGUCUGACCUUUGUAGAUGAGGGAACAACUGCUAGGAUAGGAUUAUUUUGUGUUACUUUUUGAAUUUUGUGUUUAUUAUUUUGGUGUAUUUCUGUGAAAUUCUAAACAUAUUAUCUUUAGACAGCAUUAGUAAGAUUCAGGUAUGCUGUGUAUUUUGUUGCACUUAUGUUUUCUGUUAGUGGCUAGUCAGAAAUCUUUUGAACUGCAUCUGACUAUGUAUUUAAAUGUUUGGAAAUACAAUAUCUCUCAGUUUAAAUAUAGCAUCUCAUUUUGGCAAGAUAAAUUAUUUUAACUGACCUUUUCUUUGUAUUCUUAGAGUUACUUCUGAAAUGUGCAUAGCCAGUCAUAAAAUACCUUAGUGUAAAUAGCCUAAUGUAAUUUAUUUCUAAUAAAUAAAUAGCUUAAUGAAAUGUAUUUCUAGUUUGAACUUAAUUGCCAAUUGGCUUGAUAGUAUUUUCCUUAGAAUUGUUGGGAGAGAGGAGAGGAGAAGGGAUCUACAGUUUUUAUUUGUACCACCUAAAUAGUGGGCUGUUACUUUGGACUCACUUUUAAAUAAAAUAUUUAUUCAUAUGAAGAAAUAAAUUUUAUGUUUAUUAGGUUAGCAAUAAUAUAUGAUCUUUGAAGUAAUUGGAAUUUCAUUAAGUGGAUCAAGUAAGAAUUGUGAUAUAAGCAUGAAAAAAUUUUUAAUGGAAAUUUUAGUAUGACUUAGGAACCAUGGGCUUGUAGAAAAAACAUUUAACAUGGGGGUUAAGAUUUUCAUACUUGGUGUGGCUCUAGGAUCAAUAAGGCAAAUGGUUUAGUCUUUAGUCCUUAUUUCAAAUGAGAAUAGUAUUUGUCCUAACUCUAGUCAGUAUCUGGUUGUUAUGUGUAUAACCUUAUUUUAAAAAUGAUUCAUCCCUGCCAUAUAUUCACAAUAUUUAUAUGUCAUAUGAUAAAUAUUGAGUAAAUAUGCACUGAAUUAAGUUUUCAUAUAGAGCGAAGUGAAUAGAAAAAAUAUCCUAUAUAACCAUAGCUAAUUUUAGAAAGUAAAUCAUGUUUCAUAGUCAGAGUCAUCCUAAACAUUUUUCUGUGUAAUUUUCUGAUCCAGUGUUAAAAAUUUUUUUUUGCUUUAGUGCAGGCUUGUUCAACCCACAGCUUUGAAUGGACCCCAACACAAAUUUGUAAACUUUCUAUAAUGACUUUUGUUUGUGAUUUUUGUUUGUUUUUUUGCUCAUCAGUUGUCGUUAGUGUUAGAGUAUUUUUUUUUAAUUAAAUAACAUGAAAAAUACAGCAUAUCAAGAAAGAGAUUGUGGAAAAGAAGAAAAAACUGUAUUUUAGCAUUGCUAGGCCUUUCCUCUGCUUUUGAAACAGGAGUUCCAUGUUUUAGUUUAGUACUGUUUUCUGCAGAUCAGAUGGCCAGUUCCAUUUACUUUUUUUUUUUUUUUUUUUUUUUUUUUUUUUUUUUUUAGUAAGAGGAGUGAAGGAGAGGAAGAAAAAGAGGAAGAGGGAACGGGAAUGUAGCUUUAUUCUAAAAAUGGGUAUUAAUAAUGGCCAAUCAAAGUUUUGUGUAUUUAAGGUGGAUAAUGUAUAUUUUGUGUAUUUAACGUGGAGAGCUCUAUAAAUAUUUAUUGAGUUUGCUUGUUCCAGAUCUGAGUUCAAGUCCUGGAUAUCCUUAUUAAUUUUCUGUCUCGUUGAGUCUAAAUCUCUUUGAGUCUUAUGCAUCUGGGGAUUAGGAUCAUUAGCUCUUAUUGUUGCAUUGAUCCUUUUACCAUUAUAUCUUUGUUGCUUUGAAAUCUAUUUUAUCAGAUGUGAGAAUUGCAACUCCUGCUUUUUAUUUAUUUAUUUAUUUUUGCUCUUCAUUUGGUUGGUAAAUCUUUCUCCAUCCCUUUGUUUUAAGUCUUUUUGUAUCUUUGGAUGUGAAAUGGGUCUGGAUGUAACAUACCAUUAGGUUUUGGCUGUAUCUUUUGAUUGGGGGAUUUAGUCAAAUUUAGGGUUACUGCCAUUUGAUGUUAACUGGCUAUUUUAUCCAUUCAUUGAUGUAAAUUCUUCUUUAUGUUGAUGCUCUUUACUUUUUGGUAUAUUUUUAGAAAGGCUAAUACUGGUUGUUCCUUUCUAUGUAUAACGCUUCUUUUAGAAGCUCUUGUAAAGCCGGCCUGGUGGUAAUAAAAUCUCUGAGUACUUGCUUGUUCAUAAAAGAUUUUAUUUUUCCUUCAGUUGUGAAGCUUAGUUUGGCAGGAUAUGAAAUUCUGGGCUGAAAGUUCUGUUCUUUAAGGAUGUUGAAUAUCAGCCCCCACCCUCUUCUGGCUUGUAGGGUUUCUGUUGAGAGAUCUGCUGUAAGUCUAAUAGGCUUCCCUUUGUGGGUAACCUGACCUUUCUCUCUGGCUGCCCUUAGUAUUUUCUCCUUCAUUUCAACCCUGGUGAAUCUAAUGAUUAUGUGCCUUGGGGUUGCUCUUCUUGAGGAAUAUCUUUGUGUUGUUCUCUGUAUUACCUGGGGUUGAAUAUUAUCCUGCUUUGCUAGAUUUGGAAAGUUUUCCUGAAUAAUAUCCUGAAGAAUAUUUUCCAGCUUGGAUUUAUUCUCUCCGUCGCAUUCAGGUACACCUAUCAAAUGUAAAUUAGGUCUUUUCACAUAGUCUUAUAUUUCUUGGAGACUUUGCUGAUUCCUUUUUAUCCUUUUUUCUCUAUUCUUGUCUUCUCAUUUUAUUUCAUUAAGUAGGUCUUUGACCUCUGAUAUCCUUUCUUCUGCUUGAUCAAUUUGGGUAUUCAAACUUGUGCAUAUUUCGCUAAGUUUUUUUUUGUUUUUCAACUCCAUUAGUUCAUUUAUAUUCCUCUCUAUAUUGUCUAUUCUUGUUAGCAUUUCAUCAAACCUUUUUUCAAAGUUCUUAGUUUCUUUACAUUGGGUUAGAACAAGUUCUUUUAACUCCCAGAAGUUUCUUAUCAUCCACCUUCUAAAGCCUACUUCUCUUAAUGGCACACAGUCCUUUUCCAUCAGGGCUUGUUCCGUUGCUGAUGAGGAACUGUAAUCCCCUGUAGAGGGAGAGGGGUUCUGAUUUUGGGUAUUCUCAGCCUUUUUAGCCUGGUUUCUUCCCUUUGUUAUAAAUUUAUCCAUCUGUCGUCUUUAUGAUUACUGCCUUUCUAGUUGGGUUUCUGAGUGGAUGCCCAGUUUCUUGAUUCCCAGCGCUGGAAUCCGGGCAACCCACUGCGCCGGCCAAAACAGCAGUGAUAAGACUGAUGGUGCUCUUCUGCCCGGGAAUCUCCUCCCGUUUACUCUGCAUGAAGAGCUACCGUGCCAAGGCUCCAGCAGAACUGCUGCACCGGCCACAGAGUCGCACUGGCGACCCCUGGGGCCCCUCCACUGGGAAUCUUCUGGUCCGUGAGCGAUGAAAAUUCGUCUGAAAGUGUGGCGUCCUCUCGUUCUCUGUGCUUUCACUGGGAGCUACAAUCCCAAGCUGUUAGUGAUCAGCCCCAUCUUGGAUCUCAAUUCCUAGUGUUAGUGUAUUUUAUGUAUGGCCCAAGACAAUUCUUUUUUUUUUUUUUUUUUUGAGACAGAGUUUCACUCCUAUUACCCAGGCUGGAGUGCAAUGGUGUGAUCUCGGCUCACUGCAACCUCCGCCUCCCAGUUUCAGGCAAUUCUCCUGCCUCAGCCUCCUGAGUAGCUGGGAUUACAGGCAUGCACCACCAUGCCCAGCUAAUUUUUUGUAUUUUUAGUAGAGACGGGGUUUCACCAUGUUGACCAGGAUGGUCUCGAUCUCUUGACCUCGUGAUCCACCCGCCUCAGCCUCCCAAAGUGCUCACAUUACAGGCUUGAGCCACCGCGCCCAGCCCUGACAAUUCUUCUUUUAAUGUGGCUCAGGGAAGCCAAAAGAUUAGGCAUCCCUGCUAGCAUUUAGUGCUUAUACAUUUAUUUACUUCUAAAUAUGUUGAUAGGGUAUGAUUUCAACAUAAUUAAUGUUUACUUAAAAUAAGAAAAAUAAUCUUCAACCAGUAACAGAUUAUAAGACUUUGAAGGAUAAGUUUCUUUAAUAUGGUUUAAUUUCAAAAUAAUUGCUUUUUAUUUAAAAUAAGAAAAGUCAGUAACCUUCAACCAAUAAUAGGUUAAAGACUUUAAAGCAAAAAGAAAUUUCAACUAAUUACAAAUAGUUGGUUUUAUUUAUUUGGGUUACGUUUUACUACUCUAGGAAUAGCUGUUAGUUAUCCUUUAUAUAGGAUAUUUUUAUGUGUUUAAUGUUAACAACAAACAUUUCCAAUACACGAAAACUUGCAUAACUGAGAAAAUUAUAAUAAAAAUAGAUAGAUGAGGAUAUAUUUUUGACAUAUAUCCAUGAGCCAACACUAAAUCAUUUGAGAUUUGAAAGUUAUUUAUAGGGUAAGACAUUUUGUCACAAUAUAAUAUCGGUAUAUUGUUUUUUUUAAGAGAGAAAUUUUUGAUGAAUUUAAUGUUAAUUAAAUUUUAGCUCAGCCUAUCACUAUCAAACCAAAAGAAUAGUAUUUUUCCAACAAGUAAAAUACUUGUAUAUGUAUUCAUAUAUAAAAAUGUGUAUAUAUGUAAUAUAUGUACAAAAAAAAAUAUAUAUAUAUAUAUAAUUUCUUCUUUUUUUUUUUUUGUAAGAAUAGAGACAGGGUCUCACUAUGUUGUAUGGGCUGGUCUCAAACUCCUGGCCUCAAGUGAUCCUCCAACCUUGGCCUCCCAGAGUGCUGAGAUUUACAGGCAUGAGCCACUGUGCCCAGCUUCCAGCAAGAAAAAUAUUAAAUGUAUUUUUUUUUCACAGUGAAACUUGAUUCGUUCACUUUUGUUGAACCAUAUAUGUGUGUAUAUGGCACAUAUAAGAUGAAAAAGAAAAGGAGAAAAGGUAAUAAUGAUAGGCUGCUAUCAUCAUUGAACACUUAUAAUGCUUUAGGCAUUAUACUGGCUCAUUUGCAAAUAUUGUGUCAUUUGAUGCUACAUUUAUAUUUUUAUGAGGUAGAUGUUGAUUUCUAUUUCACUGCUGAAGAAACUAAACGUCAGGUAGAUCAGGUGACUUGCCCAAAUUCUACACUGUCACCAAAUGAACAUAGAUUGAUGUGACUCCCAAGCCUGUGAGUUUCUAUCAUAUUCUGCCUCAUUAUGAAAAGUUUUUAAAAAUUUUUUAUUAUUUUUUAAUUGAAGUAGAAUAUGGAGAGAGAGGUGAUAAUCUAUGUUUGCUAUCUGUAUUAUCCAGACCAUUCAUGGCAUGUUAUUUUUGUACUGGAUAUAGUCAUUUUUUAAAAUGCUACAAACUGUUAAAAGGAGCAUGAACAACAGGAUAACUCCUUAUAAUUUUGUUGUAAGAUAAAUGGCUAAAGUUAUGUGGGAUGUUUAAUUUGGAUGAGCAGAGAUCCUAAAACUUGAUAAGCUCUCCUAAAGAAUAAUGAUUUGAAAGAUUGGACUUAAUUUUGUAUUGCCUGAAGUGUAAAUCAGAGGUCAACAACUAGAUUUCAAAUCAUGAAAAGCAUAAAUUUUCUAAUUAUUUAGUCUUUUUAGAGAAGCAAACCCAGAAAAAAGUAAGAGUCUUAUUUAUUGCAUAUAAGAUUUCUAUUUAUCAAAGAUGCUUAAGAAGAGUUGGAUAACAAGUAGGUAAAAUGCCUUUUAAAGGUCUGACAUCUUUAAAGCUCUAUGAUUUUUAAAUUCUUAAUUUUGUUACACCUAAUUUUUUUUAAAUUAAUUGCUGAGUCAUGGUCAGUAUUUUUGGUGACUUGCAUGCUAUCUUUGGUAUGUUUUAAGUUUCUAAACCAAAACUACUAUUUAACUCCAUUACCUUGUUUUAGAAACACAUUUGAGAUAUACAUAUUAGUAAAAGGUAUUUUAGCUAUGAUAUGUUGGAGCACUGGCAAUAUAGUCUUUAACUUAUUUUCUGUUUUUAUCCCUCUGUAUUAGUGAAAGUAAUGUACUUCCAUUUAAAAAGUUUUCCCCCAGUGAUAAAAAAGGCUGAGCACUAUCUGUAAAAAUUUUUAAUGUGGUAUCCACUAGAUGGAGAUAACUGUGCUACAUUUUCAAGUGUUGUAAUUAAACUACAUCUGAAUUCAACUCUUUUAUAGUGUUUUAUUGUUUUUAACCACAAAGAUUUAUAAUCAUUUAUAUCUAUUUGUCAUAAUGUUAUUCAGUUGCUUCCUGGAUUGUCUGAAGCUAAGGUAAAUGUAACAAAAAAUAAACUCUCAUUUUUGUGUUUUGUAAUCAUAUUAGGUGAUUUAACCUAAUAUAUCUUCCCAUAGAAUAUAGUCAGGAUCUUUUCAUAUGGCAUACUUCAUUCAUAUGACAUAGUGAGAAUCUUUUCCCACAUAUAAUGGCCCAUGAUGUCUCAUUUGAAAACUCAUGUAACAUUGUAUCAGCCUCUGUUUCAAAGUGAUUUACUCAUGUUAUUCUCAUAACAACUCUAUGAGAUCAGUACUGUACACAUGGGGAAACUUAGUACUGAGACACGAAGUAUUUUUCCCAAGAUUACAAAAUAACUGGCUGAGCUGGGAUUCAUAACCAGGCAGUCUGACUCCAAAAUCCAUAUUCUUAACUCUCUUGAUAUGGCGGAGAAAGGCAUGAAUUCUACCUUGAAAUUCAUGGCAUUUUAGAAAGAAAAAUUGUCACAAAUAAUGUGAUUAUACUUCCUAGUUUUGUAGGUCAGAAAAAUGAAGUCAACACUUAUUUUGCCUCUUCCACAGGGAGAUAGACUCUUCCAUUGUGUCUUUCGUUUCUGUUUUUGUCAUCAUACCUCAAAUUGAUAUGUGUUGUAAAUAUGAAUUUAAGGAAGUAAACAAAAUAACUCAGGUCUGGAGCCUUCAGCCAUAUUAAUAUACAUUGAAAUAAAGACCUUUGUUUUAAUAAGAAUAACUCCAGUUACCAAAUGGAGAAAUAGUUGUUUGAAAAUUAAUAUUUAAUUUCUUAAAAGACACUCCUAUUUGGAAGCAAAUUUUGGUUAAACAUGACAUACUUUCGAUUAUUGAAAAAUUCUGGGUGGAAUAACAAUCUCUUAUUUUUAAGAAUGUAUGAAUAUAUGUUUUAUAUGCUUUGAAGUUAUAUAUUUUAUUAGAAGAUACUGUUCUCUAAAAUGGAAAUGUUUAUUUGACUUCUAAAACUCAUUUGUGAGUUUAUGUCAUUUAAAACUGCUUUUUCAGUCAACUUAUUCUUUAUAAAAAAGUUCAAAUAGCAUGCUUUUAUUUCAUUUGUAAAUAAAUUCAUGUUUGAUAAUA